AGGAGCUGAUGCAUCGGGAGCACAACAUUAUCAAUAGAAUUGGAUGGCGUGGUGGCCACACCUCGGACCAGAGCUUCGGCCAAGGAUUCUACGGCUCCCGCCAGGCAGUGGAACAUUUAAUUCUCAUCAAAACGCUAAAGACCCGUUUAACCUGUAGCCUGAACUUCAACCGUGACGGCGACCUUUUGGGCACCGGAGACGAAAGCGGAAAUGUUACUGUCUGGGAUUGGGAAAAUAAUAGGGCGCUGCACAGGUUUUGCCCAGCCCCUAGGAAUGUCGAGCAGACCAAGUUCAUGGACAGCACCGGUUUUCUGGGCAUCAUGUCCUCCAAUCUGACUGGCGAGGUGUUUCUCACUAUCAUUCCACCCUCUGGAGGAGACACCAGGAGCCAGUGCCUCUACAAACACAAAGGUUCCACAAACGACUUUUUAAUAGUCCCACAAUGUCCUUACGAGGUAAUGAGCGUAGGAGAAUAUGGAGCCGUCAAUCAUUUUGAUGUGCGUACGAGCGACGAGGCCACGACUAUGGUGAACUGCGUCGACCAGGAGCAAAAGGCUUUAUGCCUGCGCACCAUAGCCCAUCAUCCGUUUUCGCCGGAGUUCUGCGUUGGGGGAGAUGACUUCAAACUGCGCGUUUUUGACAAACGCAAACUUACGGAGCCUUUCCAUGAAAAGACUCCCAACCUUGUAAAGAAAUGGUACCGUACAGAGGGCAUCACUUGCAUUGUCUACAAUCACAGCGGCAGCGAGAUUCUUGCUUGUUUUCAUGAUGGUGGCAUUUUCCUGUACGACAGCCGGAACUACAACAAAACGGAAUUUUUACACUUCUACGAGAAGCAUUAUUCCGAGAUAAAUUUCUUUGGACCCCGAUCGGAGUACAUUGUCACCAGCGACAGCAGAAGUAUGUAUUUCUACGACAAGAAAACGGAAGCCAUCAUUAGCGAAACAAAAUUUGUUAAAAAACGCGAUAGAACGUAAGAUCGAAUAGAUCGGAUGCUGCCAGAAGUCGAUUUAUUACCAGCCCUACGACCCCUAUGUUCCAGCUAUUUGGUCUCGGAAGUAGAUAAGAUAUGACUAAUCUCAAAACUAGGGUUCAGACAUUGAAAUUAGAAUAAAAAUUAAACUGUACGCAAACAUACUGAUGAACAUGGACGAGGAGGAGACUUUCCGGCAAGACCCCGACGAUCUGGAGAAUAAUGAAGAGGACUCUGCAGAGUCUCUCAGCAGCAACGAUGACUUUUCUUCGGAGGAAGAUGACUCAUUCGUUGAAGUAAGCAACAUUUUUUUUUAGAGAAAAUCAAUUAACAUAAAAUAGUCCACUUAUUUUCGGGUGCCUUCUGAUGACGAAGAGUUCUUUCAUAAAACUGAGGACGACCCGAAUCCAGUGUACAAUUGGAACAUAGCGAGGGAGCUGAU